CUGAAUCCGCCCCGGAGGCGGAAGCAACAGGGCGUCGCCCCCACCUGUCGGCCUCCGCCCUCAGUCCCUGGCUCCUCUGCUCUCCCUCGCUCCGGGGGCAGGGAACCUGCCGAGGCGGGGAGGGAGGGCCCCCAGCGCGCGUGCACACGCGUGAGGGCGAGUGUGCGGGCGGGGGCCGGGGCCGCGGGGCGCAUGCUCACACGCGCCCGUGACGUGAGCGCCCGGACCGGCGGCCGGAGGCAGGGCUGAGCGGGGCGACGGGCGGAGGACCCGGCAGGAGAGUGGAAAGAGAGCAGAUCCCAGAGCAGAGCUGGGGAGCAGAACAGCAGCAGGAUCCGCCCGGGUUUCCGCGCUCCCCGCCGUAGCCCCGCCGCCGGCAGCCCGCGCGCGAAGCCACUACCGCCAGCAGCCACCGCCGCGCCGGCCGCCGCGGGCCGGGCGGGGCAUGAGCGCUGAGGGGCCGCGGCCGCCCCCCGCACCGCCCGGCGCGUCCUGGCUGUGACCGGGGCGGGGGCGCGCGGCCACACUCGGGCCGGGGCCCAUGGGCGCGCUGAGCCGGGCGCCGGGGCGCUGAGCGCUGGCGGGCGCGGCCGGAGGAGCCAUGGACUGCAGCCUCGUGCGGACGCUCGUGCAGAGAUACUGUGCUGGAGAAGAGAAUUGGGUCGACAAUCGGACCAUUUACGUGGGACACAAGGAGCCUCCCCCAGGUGCUGACGCCUACAUUCCGCAGAGGUACCCAGACAACAGAAUAGUCUCCGCCAAGUACACAUUUUGGAACUUCAUACCCAAGAACUUGUUUGAACAAUUCAGAAGAAUCGCCAACUUUUAUUUUCUUAUCAUAUUUCUGGUCCAGUUGAUUAUUGAUACACCCACAAGUCCAGUAACGAGUGGACUGCCACUGUUCUUUGUCAUCACUGUCACAGCUAUCAAACAGGGCUAUGAAGACUGGCUUCGCCAUAAAGCAGAUAACGCCAUGAACCAGUGCCCUGUUCAUUUCAUCCAGCAUGGCAAGCUGGUUCGGAAGCAGAGCCGAAAGCUGAGAGUUGGGGACAUCGUCAUGGUCAAGGAGGAUGAGUCCUUCCCCUGUGACUUAAUCUUCCUCUCCAGCAGCCGUGGAGACGGGACCUGCCACGUGACCACCACCAGCUUAGAUGGAGAGUCGAGUCACAAAACACAUUAUGCAGUUCAAGACACAAAGGGAUUUCAAACAGAAGAAGAUAUAGAUGGCCUCCACGCUACCAUUGAGUGCGAGCAGCCCCAGCCUGACCUCUACAAGUUUGUGGGCCGCAUAAAUGUUUACAAUGAUCAGAAUGACCCCGUGGUGAGGCCAUUAGGAUCGGAAAACUUGCUUCUUAGAGGAGCCACACUAAAGAACACUGAGAAAAUCUUCGGUGUUGCUAUUUAUACGGGCAUGGAAACCAAGAUGGCAUUAAAUUAUCAAUCAAAAUCCCAGAAACGAUCCGCUGUAGAAAAAUCAAUGAAUGUGUUCCUCAUAGUGUACCUCUGCAUUCUCAUCGGCAAAGCGCUGAUAAAUACUGUCCUGAAAUACGUGUGGCAGAGUGAACCAUCCCGAGAUGAGCCAUGGUAUAAUCAGAAAACCGAAGCAGAAAGACAGAGGAACCUGUUUCUCAGGGCGUUCACGGACUUCCUGGCCUUCAUGGUUCUGUUCAACUACAUCAUCCCCGUGUCCAUGUACGUCACGGUGGAGAUGCAGAAGUUCCUCGGUUCGUAUUUCAUCACCUGGGAUGAAGAGAUGUUUGACGAGGACAUGGGCGAAGGGCCUCUGGUCAACACCUCGGAUUUAAACGAAGAGUUAGGACAGGUGGAGUACAUCUUCACAGACAAGACGGGUACUCUCACCGAGAACAACAUGGAGUUCAAGGAGUGCUGCAUCGAGGGCCACGUCUACGUGCCGCACGUCAUCUGCAACGGGCAGGUUCUCCCCGGCGCCACCGGCAUCGACAUGAUCGACUCCUCCCCGGGGGUCAGUGGGAGGGAGCGAGAAGAGCUGUUUUUCCGGGCCCUCUGCCUGUGCCACACCAUCCAGGUGAAGGAGGACGAUGACGUGGACGGGCCCAGGAAGUCACUAGACUCGGGGAAAUCCUGUGUGUACAUAUCGUCCUCGCCCGACGAGGUGGCCUUAGUGGAGGGUGUCCAGAGACUUGGUUUUACAUACCUACGGCUAAAGGAUAACUACAUGGAGAUAUUAAAUAGGGAUAAUUACAUUGAAAGGUUUGAAUUGCUGGAAAUUUUGAGUUUUGACUCAGUAAGAAGGAGAAUGAGUGUAAUUGUAAAAUCUGAUACAGGAGAAAUUUUUCUCUUUUGCAAAGGAGCAGAUUCUUCAAUAUUUCCCCGAGUCAUAGAAGGCAAAGUCGAUCAGAUCCGAUCCAGAGUGGAGCGCAACGCUGUGGAGGGGCUUCGGACUUUGUGCGUUGCGUACAAAAGGCUCAGCCCAGAAGAAUAUGAAGGCAUUUGUAAAUUGCUACAGGCUUGCAAGGUGGCCCUUCAAGAUCGAGAUAAGAAAUUAGCAGAAGCCUAUGAACAGAUAGAGAAAGAUCUUAUUCUGCUUGGUGCUACCGCCGUUGAGGAUCGGCUCCAGGAGAAAGCUGCUGACACCAUAGAAGCUCUGCAGAAGGCCGGCAUCAAAGUCUGGGUGCUCACCGGGGACAAGAUGGAGACGGCAGCAGCCACCUGCUACGCCUGCAAACUUUUCAGGAGGAACACACAGCUGCUUGAACUAACCACCAAGAAAAUCGAGGAGCAGAGUUUACAUGAUGUCCUGUUUGAGCUGAGUAAAACUGUCCUGCGCCACAAUGGCAGCUUAACCAGGGACAACCUCUCAGGACUUUCAACAGAUAUGCAAGACUAUGGUUUAAUUAUUGAUGGAGCUGCGCUGUCUUUAAUAAUGAAACCCCGAGAAGAUGGCAGCUCCAGCAACUACCGAGAACGGUUCCUUGAAAUCUGCCGGAACUGCAGCGCCGUGCUGUGCUGCCGGAUGGCCCCUCUGCAGAAGGCCCAGAUUGUUAAAUUAAUCAAAUUUUCAAAAGAGCACCCUAUUACAUUAGCAAUCGGUGAUGGCGCAAAUGAUGUCAGCAUGAUCCUGGAGGCCCAUGUGGGCAUAGGCGUCAUUGGAAAGGAAGGUCGUCAGGCUGCAAGGAACAGUGACUAUGCAAUACCUAAAUUUAAGCAUUUAAAGAAGAUGCUACUCGUUCAUGGGCAUUUUUAUUAUAUUAGGAUAUCGGAGCUUGUGCAAUACUUCUUUUAUAAGAAUGUCUGCUUCAUUUUCCCUCAGUUUUUAUACCAGUUCUUCUGUGGGUUUUCACAGCAGACGCUGUACGACACCGCCUACCUGACACUGUACAACAUCAGUUUCACUUCCCUUCCGAUUCUCUUGUACAGCCUGAUGGAGCAGCACGUCAGCAUGGACACACUCAAGAGGGACCCUUCCCUCUACAGAGAUAUCACCAAGAACGCUCUACUCCGCUGGCGAGCGUUCAUUUACUGGACAUUCUUAGGAGUAUUCGACGCUCUGGUAUUUUUCUUUGGUGCUUACUUCAUGUUUGAAAAUGCAACUGUGACCAGCAAUGGACAGAUCUUCGGAAACUGGACCUUUGGGACGCUGGUGUUCACUGUGAUGGUGUUUACCGUCACACUAAAGCUGGCAUUAGAUACACACUACUGGACUUGGAUAAACCACUUUGUCAUCUGGGGGUCGCUGCUAUUCUACGUUGUCUUUUCCCUCCUCUGGGGAGGAAUUAUCUGGCCAUUCCUCAAUUAUCAAAGGAUGUACUAUGUGUUCAUACAGAUGUUAUCCAGUGGCCCUGCCUGGCUGGCCAUCAUCCUGCUCAUCACGAUCAGCCUCCUUCCCGAUGUUCUCAAGAAAGUCCUGUGCAGGCAGCUGUGGCCCACCGCCACAGAGAGAGUCCAGAAGAGCUCGAAACUCAAAACAGCGGUCGAUGCCGCGCUGAGUCCGGACAGGCCACUGCUGAAGGACGUCUUGCCGGGGCCGAGGCGUGAUUAGCCCACGGAUAGAGCAUGCACACCCAGAGUCAGGACCACUCUGAAGUCAGCC